AAACAACAAUCAAUAUAGUACCAAAGAAAACUACAAUCUCAUGAUCAUUGAUACCGAAGAUGGAAGGAUUCCGGUUCAAAUUUCAUCACGGUUUAUUCCGGUUAAACCGGUUUUGCUUACUCAAUUUAUAUGUUUUUUUUUCUUUGUUGUAGAGCAAAAAAGGCCUAGAGAGAGAUUUUUGGGGUUUUUUUAUUAUUCGGAUUAGAGAGAAAAAUAAAAAGACCCUUUUAAUAUCAAAAUUAGGUGGCGCGAAAAUAACGCCCUCUCUCUCUCACUCUUUCCUUUUUUUCUCUCUCUUUGAUCUCCUCGAACCCAUCAUCUUAAAUCGCCCGAUCAAUUCUAUCUCCGGCGGUCUAGCAUUUUUCAUCGCCGGCGAAACAUUUUUUACCAAUUCUCCAGCUUGGCUAAUCAACUCCGAUCACGUUCCGUAUUCCCAAAUUCGAUCUCGAAGGGGGACAUAGAGAAGUCUUUCGCGAAGGAGAAUCACGAGACUUUGAUUACUUUUGGCACUCUUAUGUUUUCUUACUGAAUAAAGGGACUUCAUUUACAGCAACUGGAGCUGUUUUUAUUGUUUACCUCCAAGCGCAUAAUUAAACGAGAGGCAUGAAGAACUGCUGAAUUCAAUCAAUGCAAGUUUGUUUCGUUAGCUUGAAUGGAUGUAGCAACAGAUACUACAAGGCGGCGUCUUCUUCCAUCCGACAAGAACAAUGCAGUUGUUGCCACCCGCCGUCCUCGAACAAUGGAGGUCAGUUCAAGAUACAGAUCACCCACGCCUACCAAAAACGGGCGAUGCCCUUCCCCAAGCGUCACAAGGCCAACAGUGUCUUCAAGCUCUCAAUCUGUGGCUGCAAAAAGAGCAGUUUCAGCAGAGAGGAAGCGUCCUUCAACACCACCAUCUCCGACUAGUCCCUCCACGCCGAUACGUGACUUGUCUAUAGACUUACCAGCUUCAUCUAGGAGGCUAUCUACUGGUCGUUUGCCUGAAAGCUUAUGGCCUUCCACUAUGAGAAGCCUCAGUGUUUCGUUUCAGUCUGAUUCAGUCUCUGUCCCUGUUAGUAAGAAGGAGAGACCGGUUAGUAGUUCUUCUGGUGAUCGAACAUUGAGACCUUCUUCGAAUAUAGCUCAAAAGCAUAAGGCUGAAACGACCUCUGUAUCAAGGAAACCUACGCCAGAGAGGAAAAGAAGUCCAUUGAAAGGGAAGAAUAAUGUGUCUGAUCUUUCAGAGAAUUCGAAACCUGUAGAUGGUCCUCAUAGUCGGUUAAUAGAACAGCAUCGGUGGCCUAGUAGAAUUGGUGGAAAGAUCACUUCGAAUUCUUUAAACAGAAGCUUGGAUCUUGGUGACAAGGCUUCAAGGGGUAUACCAACUUCAGGGCCUGGAAUGGGGCCGUCUCUUAGGAGAAUGUCACUUCCAUUGUCCAGCAGUUCACGACCUUUGCAUAAAACUUCUAGUAACACAUCUAGUUAUGGUGGCUUAGUGUCUCCAACAAAGUCGGAAGAUAAUAACAUAGCUCGAACUUCUGGGGCUCAAAGACUAUUGUCUGCAGGUUCGUUGGAUAGAGCAACAUUAGCAACGGCUGUAGCUAGGUUGCAUCCAUUGCCUGCUCCUGGAUCUCGCCCUGCUUCACCAAGUAGAACAUCGUUUUUGUCUUCAUCGUCUAUUUCCCGAGGUAUGAGUACUUCGAGAGGAGUGAGUCCAUCAAGAGGACUAAGCCCUUCUAGAGGAUUGAGUCCUACAAGAGGUUUAAGUCCUUCAAGAGGGUUAAGUCCUUCGCGCGGCACAAAUACAUCCUGUUUUGCUAGACCAUCAACUCCACCUUCAAGAGGGAUAAGUCCUUCACGGAUAAGACAAACCACCACUUCCACACAAUCCAGUACCACAACUUCGGUUCUCAGCUUCAUCACGGAUGUCAAGAAAGGCAAAAAAGCAAGCUAUAUCGAAGAUGUUCAUCAACUGCGCUUGCUCCACAAUAGAUAUUUACAGUGGCGAUUUGCAAUUGCACGAGCUGAAUCUGUAAUGUAUAUUCAACGACUAACUUCCGAGGAAACACUGUUCAAUGUGUGGCAUGCGAUAUCAGAACUACAGGAUCAUGUGACCAGGCAAAGGAUUGGCCUACAACAGCUAAAGCUAGAGAUCAAGCUCAACUCAUUAUUAAACGAUCAGAUGGUGAGCCUUGAAGAUUGGGCCACACUUGAAAGAGAUCAUGUUAGUUCUUUAGUUGGAGCCAUAUCAGAUUUAGAAGCAAACACUCUUCGCCUUCCAGCUACUGGAGGAACAAAGGCGGACACAGAAUCUUUGAAAGCAGCUAUGUCCUCGGCCCUCGAUGUAAUGCAGGCUAUGGGAUCGUCCAUUUGGUCUUUACUCUCAAAGGUGGAGGAGAUGAACAUAAUGGUAACAGAACUCGCUGUUGUAGUAACAAAAGAGAGUUCUAUGCAAGGAAAAUGCGAAGAUCUUCUGGCCUCAACUGCGAUCAUGCAGGUAAAUGAAUAACAAUCCAAUACUAUAAUGAACAAAUGAAUUGAAACUGAGAUUUUGUAAAAUGAACAGAUAGAAGAGUGUAGUCUCAGGACUCAUCUGAUACAAACUAGGCGAGAAGAAGGAGAAGACGCAGAGACUCCACCUCCAUUGUUGCCAUUAAGCAAGUUUCCAUGGCCAUAAAUAACAAAAGCUUACAGUUCCCACACGCUCAACACUGAUCACCUGUAAAUUGCUCUUUGAUGCCCCCACAUUUCUCUUGUCGAGAUCCUUUUUUGAUCUUUGCUUGUUGAAGUUUUCUUCUUCUUUUUUUUGGUAUAAAAACAUUAGCUUAGGAAAAAAGGAAGUGGAAGAUCACGAGUUCGAAAGUCUUAGGAUACCAAAAAGGAAAUUUAUUUUGUUCACAAAUCACAUGUAAGCUCUGAUGUGGGGUUUAUUCUUUAGUAUCAUUUAGUGUAGAAAUCAUAACAAAAUUUAAUUUUAGGACUGUUUUUUGGCUUUUCUGUUAUAUAUUUUUUGACAAAAAUUCACUAACAAGAUGUGUAUGUGCUCCUCUU